GAAUAACGCAUCCCACUACUCAUUCUCUCGAGAGCAUCCUACAGAGUAAAACGUGUAGAGAGAGACUCACUUUUUUUUCUGGAGAGAGAGACACACUUUCAAAUAAAUAAUUGAACUUGUUUAAAAUUUGUCUUCUCGUGAGGUGGUGAAACGUGGCAAUAUUAGAUUGGUUUUUUAGUUUGGUUGGCUGGAGAAAAUGGGGAGGACGACAUGGUUCGACGUCGACGGGAUGAAGAAAGGAGAGUGGACGGCAGAGGAAGACCAGAAGCUCGGCGCUUACAUCAACGAGCAUGGCGUUUGUGAUUGGCGUUCCCUCCCCAAAAGAGCUGGUUUGCAGAGAUGUGGAAAGAGCUGCAGAUUAAGGUGGCUUAACUAUCUAAAGCCUGGGAUUAGAAGAGGCAAAUUCACUCCUCAAGAAGAAGAAGAAAUCAUCCAACUUCAUGCUGUUCUCGGAAACAGGUGGGCAGCCAUGGCGAAGAAGAUGCAGAAUCGAACAGACAAUGAUAUCAAGAACCAUUGGAACUCUUGUCUCAAGAAAAGACUUUCGAGAAAGGGAAUCGACCCUAUGACCCACGAGCCCAUCAUCAAACACCUCACCGUCAAUACCACUAACGCAGAUUGUGGUAACUCUUCCACCACGACGUCCCCGUCGACGACGGAAAGCUCUCCUUCCUCCGGCUCGUCUCGUCUUCUUAACAAACUCGCCGCAGGUAUCUCAUCUAGACAACAUAGUCUCGAUAGGAUCAAGUACAUCUUGUCGAAUUCAAUAAUCGAAAGCAGUGAUCAAGCAAAAGAGGAAGAAGAAAAAGAAGAAGAAGAAGAAGAAAGAGAUUCAAUGAUGGGUCAGAAGAUUGACGGUAGUGAAGGAGAAGAUAUUCAGAUUUGGGGCGAGGAGGAAGUUAGGCGUUUAAUGGAGAUUGAUGCAAUGGAUAUGUACGAGAUGACUUCGUACGACGCUGUCAUGUACGAGAGUAGUCACAUACUUGAUCAUCUCUUUUGACUUAAUAUAGUGUGACUGUGUGAGUGCAUGCAUGUUGUUAGCAUAUGCUAAGAUAUGUUUUAAAGUUGCAAGUUGCAACAAUGAAUAUUAACGUGGACCAUUUUUUGACAAAGAGAAAAUGGUUCCCUAAAGAGCAAGUCGUCGUAUAGCUUUUUUUUUUUCAAAGGAAAAAAAAUUAAAAAAGAGAGAGAUCGUCGUUUAACAUGUGGGGUUCAGUUAGGACAUACAAUUGUAAUAAGAAUUUUCAAUAAAAUACUGGGAAAUAUUUAAUCAAAAU